UCCGAAGCAGGAGGGGCUGAGUGCGAAGGAAGCCAUUUGUGCCAUCGAUCUGGAGCUCGAGAACGGUAGUUGGAAGCGAAAGGAAGGAGAUGGAGAAAAAAAAAAUUGGGAUUUGAUUCAUUGGUUUUAUGCGGUCGAGAAUUCCCUUGGUUGGUUUGAGAGUUGUUCAAUAGCGAUGGCAAAAACGGAGAAGAGGGUGUUUGAUUCCGAGGAAGAUUUGGCUGUUUCUCUCGCCAAAUACAUAGACCAUUUAUCUGAUCAAUUUGCCAAGAAAAAGGGUCUUUUCACUGUGGUUCUCUCUGGUGGAUCACUCAUUGAAUGCCUCAGGAAAUUGGUGGAACCACCCUAUGUUGAUUCCAUUGACUGGUCCAUAUGGCACAUAUUUUGGCUCGAUGAGAGAGUUGUACCCAAAACUCAUGUUGACAGCAACUACAAACUCGCUUAUGAUGGUUUUCUCUCUAAGGUUCCAAUUCCCCCCGGUAACGUGUAUGCCAUUGAUGAUACUCUAUCAGCUGAGGGUGCAGCCGAAGAAUAUGAAGCACGUCUGAAGCAUCUGGUAGAUAGCAAGGUGAUUGAUAUCUCAGCGAAAAGCGGGUUCCCGAAAUUUGACCUGAAUCUUCUUGGAAUGGGACCGGACGGGCAUGUGGCUUCUUUAUUCCCAGGACAUCUCCUUCUGAAAGAGAACAAGAAAUGGGUUACCUUCAUCAAGGAUUCUCCGAAACCACCUCCAGAGAGAAUCACUUUAACCUUUCCAGUUAUCAACUCAUCGGACUACAUUGCUCUUGUGGUGCCUGGUGAUGCUCAAGCAGAUGCUGUGUCUAUUGCAUUAGGAGGAGGAAAUCAUCCCACUGCCGAAGAAACUUUACCCGUUCAAAGGGUUGCUCCUGAAGGCCUUCUGACUUGGUUCUUGGACAAGGAUGCUGCUUCCAAGCUUUAAUGGAAAAAGAGAUAUGUCCAUCACCUUUCAUCAAAUUUAAUUUGAACUAAUCUUAGUUUUCUCCCGCAUCCAUGGCGAGUUGUUCUUAACCUAUGCAUUUGAAUAAGAAUGUCUGUAUCAGAUUAUGUUCACUUAUGAGUUGAAAAAUGAAGGUAGUUUGAUGUAGGACAUCAUCUCAAAAUAAAAAGUAGUGCAUGAUAGAAGUUUUCUAUCACGAUCA